AUGGCCCCGAUGGAAGGGAAGGUCAACAUCUCCACGACGGCCGAAAUGCUUAUCCAUCUUGAGUCUGCUGACGCAGUAUCCGGAUCUGCCUUCACUUCGGAUUCGUUGAACUCAACAUCAAACGUCAGGUCAGGUUUCCCUCGUAAUACCAUACGUGUUGAGAAGAAUACAACUAAACUGAUACUGUGGUAUUUGCGACCAAAUUAUGUCGUACCCACCCAUGAAGGAGAGGUACGUCCCUUGAAGAACUGUCCACAUUUGAACUGUCGGGAAACAACGGACGUGAAACUGAUAUCUCGAGCAGAUGCAGUUGUAUUUGAUGUUCAUUUUAAAAUCCGACCUGACAAUAAACCGAUCAGAUACCCAGAGCAGACAUGGGUAUUUUUCGCCCAAGAAUCCUCAGUUCACGUCAAGUCAAGAUUGUACAGAAUGGACAAAUGGAAGUCUUCCUUUAACUGGACAUGCACCUACAGGCGAGAUUCCGAUGUAUGGAUGCCAUACGGAAUUAUCCUUAAAAAUCCGAAACUGACCAAAAAGGAUUACCGUAAAAUAGCUGAGAGUAAAACUAAAAUGGCCGGUUGGGUCGUGAGCCACUGUUCUUGUCAGAGCAAGCGUGACGUGUUUGCCAAGCGACUGGUAGAGCAAGGUAUUCAAGUAGAUAUAUUUGGAGACUGUGGAAAGAAAUGCGGGAACAGAAGUAAAGAUGGAACAGAAACCUGCGAAGACUUGGCGUCCAGCAAUUAUUCAUUUUAUCUCUCAUUUGAAAACUCUCUGUGUGACGACUACAUUACCGAAAAGUUUUUCCACAUGUAUAACAAAGAUGUGAUUCUUAUAGCACGAGGGGGGCGCCAGUUUUUAAAAAGUCUCCCGAAAGGAACGUUUAUAAAUACGGAUGACUAUAAAAAUGUGAAAGAUCUGGCAGCAUACUUGAAACGGCUACACGAAAAUAAAAAUGAAUACAUCAGCAUUUUAAAAAGGAAGGAUGAGUAUAUGACCCAAAACAUCUUCCAGGCAUUGAACUAUGUCAGAUUUAGUGCCAAGCCUGAGUUUUCUCCUGUCUGA